AUGGGAGAAAGGUUUACUGGCCAUCAUCAGUUUAGAGAAAUGCUCACCUACUUUGCCCUUGCCAAUGGUUUUUCUCUUUGGUUUGAGAAAUAUACACAGAAGAGGUGUGUUGCAAGGUGUGGACAAAGACCACCAACUCUGGAAAAUCCUGAGGAAGGUAAGAAAAGGAAACAAAAUAGAUUUGGUUCCCUUGUAAACUACAAGUGGAUAGGGAAAAGGUUUGGGGAUAGAAUAAGGGACCACCCUGAUAUCAAGUUGGUUACCAUAGCUGAUAUGUCACUAGAGGAACACCAUGGCAUGCUUAGGUCUUAUGGAGAUGAGUUAUUAAGGUCUAACCCUGGAUCAACUGUGAAGCUAGCUGUGACAAGUGAUCCAGAUGAUAAAGUUUACUUUGACAAAAUAAGAGUGAUUGCACUAGAUGGUUAUUUCUUGAAGAAACCUAACCAAAGUGAGUUACUAAGUGCCAUUGGGAGGGAUGGUAACAAUCAUAUAUAUCCCAGAGCAUGGGCUGUUGUCAGUAUUGAAAACAAGGCUAACUGGAAAUGGUUUUUGGGGCUUUUGAGUGAUGAUCUAGACAUUGGAGCUGGAGCUGGUAUAACCCUAAUUUCUGAUCAACACAAGGGUUUAUCAGUAUAUUCUUUGUAUGAACCAGUGUACGUAUAUGUAUCAGUGUCACAAUACCUAAUUGCGAAAAACAUUAGGACAUGGUCUAGGGCAUUUUUUGAACUUCAUAGGGGAUGUGAAAAUGUUGAAAAUGGGUUUAGUGAAUGCUUUAACUAUGUAAUUGUAAUGGUGAGGAACAAACCUAUAAUUACUAUGUUGGAAGCAAUAAGGACUAUUGUUUUGGAGAGGAUGAACACAUUGAGAAGGUUAGCUGCAACAUGGAAAACUGACAUUUGCCCAUCAAUCAUCAAAAUAUUGGAUUGGUGCAAGGAUCAACAAAGAUAUUGGAAGCCUUUUCAUUGUGGAAUGGAUGAAUGGGAAGUGAGGCAAAGAAAUGAAGGAUUCAAGAUGGCAAGGAAUGUUGAAGACUAUGUCCCAAACUGGUUCAGGAAGACAAUGCAUAUUAAAACUUAUGAACACUACUUACAUGCAGUAGGUGGAAUGACAACAUGGGAAGAGAGCUUGGGUAACAAACCACUACCACCAAAACCAAGGGUCAUGCUAGGAAGACCCAAAAAGAAAAGAAUAAGAGCAGCUCAUGAAAGCCAUGUUACAUAA